AUGUACUCAAUGCCUUGCCUUUCAACGCCUAUAACGCAAGAUGAAUGCCUCUACGACGGUCUUUGGGCAAAACAGGCCGACAAUUUGUUCGUGGACUUGCUAAUAAAGUCGCAUGUAGUCGAGCAGUGGAGAAAUGGUCGUCCCGGAGUUGGAUGCUACGGAAGCCCAGUUUGCGCCGCUGUGUUCAAUCGAACAUCCUCACCGCUCCGAUUGCGGUUUGGGACGAUGUGUUCGAGUCUAACACCUUAUAGCGUUGCUUAUCAACAUUCCGGUGACUCUCGCUGGGAGGACUUGCGUUUCAUGUUCGAGGAGAUGUACUCUUUGAAGUUGUUCAUGACUGCAACUCUACAAGAGAAGCUUUUUUUGCUCUCCCUGCUGUACGAACUAAUGUGGUUUCAGACAAUUCCUAUCACAAUGUUUUGCAAACGUUGUGUAGUCGCAACAACUUUUGCCCUUCCCAACAAGGUGGGCCGCAUGAUGCCUCGUUCGAAAGCUCCGUCAACAUGCAUGCCUAUGUCUUAA